CGUUUCGCCCUCGUCUCGCCUCGCUAGCGCUAGCAGUCGCACGCUCUCCCCAAGUACCUCGCGCCGCCCUCGCCCUUUACUAUUUCGCCUCGCCUCGCCUGGCCUCGCCUCGUCUCGCGCAAGCGAAUCCCUGCCCUCGGGAUCUCGCUCCGUCCUCGAGAUCUCCGAGUUUCGGAGAUCGCUUCUGUAGCGCUAAUCGACCAAGUGACGUUUCCGCGCUUUCAUUUCUCGAACGGGUUAAUCUCGCUUAUAAUUCGUCGAUCGCCUUAUCAUCGAUAAAUUGGAGAGGGGGAGGAAUAAGUAUCUCUCUCUCGGGUCUCGCCAGAGCAACGCGCGAAUACGAUGUUUUGCGCGUCCAAUUAUUCGGACAUGCGCGUGCACGUGUCUCUGAUACCGCAGGAUUUCGAUCGACCCUUGCCACGCGAGUAGCUCGCGUUCUCCUCUCUUAGUACCUCCCCUUCUCUCCCUGUCCUUCGCUUUGUACGCAUUUCGCUUCUUGUGCAAGCGAAUCUCGGUCCGAGAAUUCGGGAUCUCGUAUUUUUUUUUGUCUCUUCAGGAUUCAUUAGCGAAUGCCUCUCUUAUCGCUCGAACAUUCGCGAUAACAAGACUUUGAUCAUCCUAGUCUCGCUAAUAUUAUUAAUCCUUCAAUAAUGCAAGACUUGGAACUGAUAGCGCAAGGCGCGGAGGCACGUCUCUAUAAGGGUCUUUACCUCGGAAGGAUGAGUUUAGUGAAAGAGAGAUUCGUGAAGAAUUACCGACACCCAGAGUUGGACGCGCGUCUCACCAAGGAUCGCAUCAAGGCCGAGGCUCGAGCCAUUAUUCGGGCAAAAUCUGCAGGAAUAGCAACGCCAGCCCUUUACCUGGUGGACGUGGAGCGACGCAGUAUAUACAUGGAGUACGUGGAAAACGCCAUAGUGCUCAAGGAUUUCAUAGACGAGAAUAUUUCGGGAAAGACGGAUGUGGAUGAUCUGGUGGAGUUCAUAGGACGAGGAUUGGGCGCGCUCAUAGCCAAACUGCAUGCGAAACACAUGAUCCACGGUGACUUGACUACGUCGAAUAUACUAUUCAAAAAUGACUCGGUCGAGUCGUCCUACAACGAUCAAUCCGAAGCCGAGACCCGAUUUGUAAUGAUAGACUUCGGAUUGGCUCGACUGGAUUCCACGGUGGAGGAUAAGGCGGUCGAUUUGUACGUUCUUGAGCGAUCGCUGCUCAGUGCGCAUUCAGAAGUGCCAACGUUGUUCUCUCGCAUUUUUCACCAUUAUCAAAAGCAUUAUCAGAACAAGAGUCAAUGCGAGCAAGUGCUCGCCAAGUAUAAGCAGGUACAGGCGCGAGGACGUAAGCGCUUGAUGAUCGGCUGAAAAAAUGGUAGUGUCUUCGAUGAUUGUGACUCUUUACGAUUCCAAAGAAUAUGCGAGGUGUAUAAACUUACGUUUGUAAUUUGCAACAUACAUUGAAUUUAAAAUGCGACUGAACUUUGUACAUUGAUGGAAUGAAUGUAAAUUGCACGAGUGCUUUGAUUGCAAUUCGAAUAAUUGGUCAUGGAAUCAAAACACAAUGUUUGAGAAGGUAAGAAGAUCUUUAUACAGGCAAA